AAAAGUGGGGGUUUAAAAUUGGGGUUUAGAAACUGGGAUUUAAAACUGGAGUUUAAAAACUGGAGUUUAAAAAUCGGGGUUUAAAACUUGGGGUUUAAAACUUCUUUAAGCUGAUCCCUUAAAACUUGGAAUCAUCCUGUGGAAUUCCCGAGGAUUUCCGCAAAAUCCCGGCGGGUUUUUUUUUUUUUAUACGAACGGGAAAUUUGGAGUUUUAAAUCCCGGGAGGAAUAUUGGGAAUAUCUCAGGAAGGAGGUGGUUUGGGCUCCCUCGGAAUUCCGAUUUCGAGCAAAAAAAGAGGGAAAAAUGAAUCCCAUGGGUUUUUCCUGAGGAAUUUUAACGGAUAAAAUUCCCGCUUUGCCCGUUGCUGCCACUACAUUUGUUGUGCUUGUUCUUUCCCUGCUUUCCCGUUUUUUUUUUUUAAUUUUUGGGAAGAUGAGGACACGGAAAAAUCCCUGCCCGGGAGACAAAGUUUGGCCGGAAAAGCACAAAUCCCCGGAAUCCGAGCGGGAAACGGCGGCUCCGGAGGCUCCCGACGGCUCCCAGAUCAACGGGAUCUGCCCCGAGGAAUCCGGGGACGGGGAAUCCAAGGGCGACCUCAAGAAAUCCCGGAACGGCAAAAAGCAGCGGAAGAGGAAACGCUCGCCCAGGGCCAAAAGCGGCGCCGAUUCCCAGCUGGAAUUCCUCUUGGGAAUGUCGGCCGAGCGCGUGUGGUUCGACAAGCCCUUGUACGACCGGGCCGAGAGCGUCUACCGGAAAAAACUCGUGGAUUCCCGGAGCGGGGAAGCGCCGGAGAGCCGGCGGAUCCCGGAGGAAUUCCCGGCGCCUCCCGGGGCCAAAGCCGGGCCGGAGAUUCCCAAAGCCAAGGGAAUGUGCUGCCAUGGGAAUUUGGCCGCCUGUCACCACGUCGUCCGAGGGGUUUGGCUCAACAAGCCGGAUUUCGAUAAAGCCGAGGGGAAGUUCAUGGAAAAAUCCCGGUUUUUCCUUCCUCCCGACGUCCUGAGCGUCCCGGCCCGGAAUUCCGGGCUGGGAACGCCGGACGAAGGUUACGGCACCGCCCUUCCCACGCCGGCCACGCCCGGCCCGGCUCCGCUUCUUCCCGACUCCGGCGUUCCCGGUUGUGCCGGCGGCGUUCCGGCCGAGCGGCCGCCGGUGAACGGCAAGCCGCCGUUUUCCAACCGGGAAGCGCUGGCGUCGGAAGUGUGGCUGGAGAAGCCGCGCUACGACGCCGCCGAGAAGAGCUUCUACGAGAGGCUGUUCGCCGGGAACGUCCCGGAAAAAGCGCCGGAGAAGAACCGGAAAGGCGGGAAUCAAUCGGGAAGCGGCGCCGAGCCGGCGCUUCCCGGCGUUCCCGAGGGUAUCCCGGCCUGUUUUUUCCUGCACCGGGACAGCGAAGCCGGGUGGCUCCACAAGUCGGCCUACGACCGAGCCGAGUGCCGGUUCUUCGCCCUGGAAGCUUCCGGAGCCUCGGGAAUUCGGGAAGCUCGGGGAAAUCCGCCCGGCCCGGCUGCGGGAACGAAGUAG